UGACGUUUAUCAAAUGACAGCUGAUUACGAGACUAAUGUAAUUUUUUCGAUUUCCUCAAUGAUCAUGUUCAGUCUUUGAAAUUAUACGUGUAUUAAAAUAUCUUUUAAUGUUAAUAAACAUCCAGUGUUCACUGUGGGGCAUCUGAGACAAAAAACUGAGAAGAAUGUCGCACUACAGUGAUGCUGAAGAAUCUAUCAAAGAUAUACAAGAUUUAGACUUAGGAUUAAGAAAAAGAAGGGUGAUAGGAUGGGACCCAGAAACAGAGUCUAUUGCUUCUGAAAUAAAGGAUUUAUUGGAAGAGGAUGUCAACUCAUUGGAGGAGGAGGACUGCAUCGGCUGUCCCCUUCCUUCCACUCCAGAAGAUGAAGGUCUUCUGGAUUCGGAGAUGAGUGAUGUUCUAAAAGCAGCAGUUCUAGAAAUACUUCUAGAUAACGCGGAAGCACUGGGGGAUGACUUGGACAUCACAGCUUUGGCCCACAAUGCUGCGACCCAAGCCGAGCAUGUCGUCAGAAAGAUGAUCCAAGCCGGAUGGUCCGUCUGUCAUUUUAGGAACCUACCGGCUUGGUUGCAAGAUAAUGAUUUUCUCCACCACUGUCAUCGGCCACCACUACCUAGUUUCCGGGCAUGUUUCAAGAGCAUCUUUAGACUUCAUACAGAAACAGCGAAUAUUUGGACACACUUGUUGGGAUGUGUGGCUUUUAUAGGAAUUGCAAUCUACUUUUUAAUGCGACCAAAUACUGAAAUUGAAAUUCAAGAGAAGGUGGUCUUCGGAGCAUUCUUUGCAGGAGCUAUCAUCUGUUUAGGAAUGUCGUUUAUGUUCCACACUGUCAACUGUCAUUCACAAUUUAUAGGGAAAUUAUUUUCAAAGCUGGAUUAUUGUGGUAUAGCGCUUCUAAUUAUGGGUUCCUUCGUUCCAUGGCUGUACUACGGGUUCUACUGCCAUUUCAGGCCGAAAGUGGUGUACUUAUCAGUUGUAUGUGCUUUAGGAAUAACUAGUAUUUUUGUAAGUUUGUGGGACAAAUUCUCAGAAUCGGGUUGGCGUCCAUUUAGGGCAGCAGUAUUCAUGACCUUUGGUUUAAGUGGAAUCGUACCCGCCAUCCAUUAUGGAAUCGUAGAAGGUUGGUUCAACUACGUUAGUCAAAAAUACCUUGGUUGGUUAGUACUUAUGGGAAUGCUGUACAUCGUGGGCGCCAUGUUCUACGCGCUGCGCAUACCCGAACGGUGGUUCCCCGGCAAAUGUGAUAUCUGGCUGCACUCACAUCAAAUCUUCCACGUAUUCGUCUUGGGCGGCGCUCUUGUCCAUUAUCAUGGUAUAUCCGAAAUGGCAAUGCAUCGAGUAACGAUCGGACAAUGCGAAAUACCUGAUACACCCAUCUAUUGAUAGGUAUUUUAUUUUUUAGGAAAAUUACUUUUCCAAAUAGAAAAAUGAUGUUUUAUUUAUCCUUUCGUUGACAUUGUUGUUUAAAAGUGAUCUGAAUGUUUUCGAUUAAAUUUACUUGGACCGAAGAAUUUUAUUAAAACAUCCCUAUUAUACGUUUAUAUUU